AUUUGUUACGAUCGCAUAGUUCACACCGCCUCAGAGACGAUCCUAAAGCAGGUUGUUGUAGCUUAUAAGUCUUUAAGAAUGGCCUCUGAACGCCUCGCAAAAAUUCCAGAGGUAGAUAUAGACCCGGACGGCGUUUUCAAAUACGUCCUUAUUAGGGUGCAUAGCAAAGAGGAUGAUGACUCGAGUGUAGAUAUUGUUCGAGGCUAUGCAUGGGCCGAGUACCACGGCCAAGCUGAUAUUUAUGACAAAGUUUCUGGGGACCUAGAACGGGCUGGAGGUGUGGAUUGUGAGUGCCUGGGAGGUGGAAGGAUCAAGCAUGACAGCAAAGCUAAGAAAAUUCAUGUCUAUGGUUACUCCAUGGGCUUUGGGAGAGCAAAUCACUCUGUGUCCACAGAGAAAAUUAAAGCUCGUUACCCAGACUACGAAGUAACCUGGGCAGAUGAGGGGUACUGAUGUCCCGGCUCUUAAUCGUCUGGACCCAGUCUUAUGAAAACCUUGUUAUGAACUGAAGAACAGUUGUCCUAACAGGUUCUAGAAUCGCUCUCAACUCUGGAGAACCCUGAGCCCUGUGAGCCUCUGAAGACUGAAGAAUUACCAUCUUGUACCCUCACGCUGGCUGGAGAGGGCCUUGGCUUAGUCAUUGGUAUUCACCCACUUCUAACAAAACCUAGUAAAUUUUUGUGUAAACGAUUUACUUUUUUUUUUUUGCAUAUUAUUAUAGUACUGGUUCUUUUUGUCAAAUGGUUAACUAAAUCUCACGAUUUUGUUCAAUUUGUGGAAUGAAUGGAAGACACUCCCAUGGUAGAACCAUGUCUUGCAAAUACAUAUUUUAAGGUGAUUUAAUGGAGUUAUGUCAUGUGUGUGUAUAUAUACAUACACACAUACAGGGUUGAUAUGUGAAAAUUCAGGCAUGGUGCUUUUUGAACCAUUCCACUGUUAUAAAACUGUGUAACAACUUCCUGAAGAGGAAAUAAAAUGCCUUUA